AGAAAGAGGAGGAGGAGUGAGAAAACAAAAAUUGCAAAAGGAGAUGAAAGAGAAAGCAGCAGCAGAGAAAGCAGCAGCAAAGAAAGCAGAGAAAACAAAGUCGACAGCAAAAAAAAAGCCACGAAGAGAAAGCAAAAAAUCACCAACUCUAACGAAUCAUUCCCCAUUCCAACUCAAAUUGAGAGUGAGCAUGAUGAUCUGCAUGAUGAUCUGCCAGUUUUAUCCAGGCCUAAGAGACAACCUAAAAAACCAAAGAGAUACCUUCAUGUCGCAGAAGAAACAACCGCCAUUGUUGACAUCGAUGACGAAUCGAUUAUUUGUUCGUUUUGUACAAGCAGAGAGGCCCCGUGUACAGUACGAGUACCAGUGUUAG